AUGGAGGACGGACGAAAUGUGGCAGUGCAGAGAACCAAGUCUAUGUGCCGGACUCCCUUAGCGACGCGCACGAAAAGCACCUACGAAAGCGUAAUCCGGUGUGUGAAGGAAAACAAAAAUGACCAAAAGAAAAUCAGAUAUUCGCUCUUCCUAAAGGCGUACGAAAAUGCAGAGCUCAUUCAAAUGGAAAAACAAGACAAGCAGGAAAAGUUAAAGUUAAAGUUGAACGAAUGGAAUAUGUGGAACGCCUGUAUCGAUAUGAAGGGUGAAAAGGAGAAGCAGAGAUUGAAGCUUCUCAAUAUGCUAAAAAAUUAUCAAAUAAAAUACCAAGCGUAUUCAAACUUGAAGGCGUUAUGUGAUUACAAAAUAUAUUUUGAGAAGCCAUCAAUGGAGAAGGUUAUGAAAAACUCUGAAGCUCUUUUAGAGGAUCCACAGAGGGACAACUUUUUCUACCAUCUGAUCAGCAUGGGUGUGUCUUACAAUGAUAUCAUACUCAUCUCUAGUGUCUUCCAAAAUAUUGAACACCUGAAGAAUUGUAAUUUGUAUAUGUUACCAUGGAUUUAUAGAAAGCUCAAUUCUUUUCAUAACUUUGAUAUAACCACUUUUCUCAUUCAUUGUGUUUCGUAUUCUUUGUCCACUUUCCCGUGUUCAUUAGCUUUGUUUCUUCAAUAUAGAACGUUGGCCAUUGUUUUUCCUCUAUUUUUUACGUAUAUGAUUUUAUCACUUCCUUUUUUGUUACAAGAAAUAAACUGUGGUCGCUUAUUCUUGGAUGGAUGCAUGUCUUUCUUUGUCUCCUUCGAUUAUUACCACCUUCCCAUCGGAAUUAUUCUCCUCAUUUCGUACCUCCUCUCCAUUAUCAACUGUGUUGACAUUAUAUGUUUGCAGGUUAUUUAUUUUUCCUUUUACCUUACCCCUAAUAAUCCCUGGGUUUACCGCAACGUCGACACAAAAAUAUGCUCCAAGUUCAACGGCAGCCGCAGCAUUUGUGACUUCGCUCGUAACAUCUGCUACUAUAAUGAGGCUACUUCUGUGUGUGAACUCAACCGGAUUAAGUUGGGCACCAAAAUUUAUGACACGCUGCUGAGCAAGUACGCCGAACCGAAAAGCGAGAAGUUUGCAUACACCACGGUGCUCCUCUCCUUCCUCCUCCUCAUCCUUUACAACACCUUCUCCAAGUAUAAGACUUCACACAAAGUCCUGAAGAUCCACCUGUCCAUCCUGAUACUGGUGUUCGCCGCCUUCAUAAUUACGAUGCGUGAUUUCACGCUGCUGGAGUUUCUCCUCGUCGACUUCACCUGGGACAAAGUCAGGGGGGUGCUGCUCAACCACGAGGUCUGGAUUGCCUGCAUGAUGCACUGCACCAUCAGCAUGUCACUGCACUCCGGGAUGUACUUCUACACCUCCAAGGGGCUCAGGCUCGGCAUCAACGUCAUCCGGUGCACCUACCUCGUCGUGCUGUGUUGCUUCCUCCUGGACAUGCUCCUCUUCGUAACUUUCUCGAACAUCAUCGGCAUGCAUAUAAAGGACAUAGCGAAGAACUACUCCUACCUAGUCAAGCUGGUGAAGAGGAACGUCUUCUACAUUUUAGUGCCCGUGGGGAAUAACUUCUAUUCCAAGUUUUCCUUCUUCCUAGGGAUCAAUAUAUCGAUAAUCUUCCUAACCUUCAUGUUACUGGCCGCAUCGAAGAGGAUAGAAAUUUUGUUUCUCUCAUUUGACGACAUCUAUUUUUUCAAGCCAAAGAACACAUGGUUCGACGUGAGGUGGAUCUUCCUCUUUCUACUUUACUAUUUGUACAGCUCCCUUGACAUAACCUUCCUGGACCUCUUCUUCACAGAGAUGUCUCAAAUUAUUACCCUCCUCAUUCUAUUCUACAUUAACUUUAACUUCUUCUGGGUACGUGGAUUUAAAAAGACGAUGGAAAAGUUCGGCAAGUAUCCCCUCAUCUGCCAAAUUGUUCUGACUGCAUUAAAUCAGUUUUUUUUUUUCUACUUUGAAAUUAUUUUUCGUCUUCCCAACCGGGUUACGCUCUACCUGGUGCGACAAGUUGUGAACAUUUGUAUAAUUCCCCUCGUGUCGGUGCUGCUAUCAAGGUGCAUUUCGUUCGGGGGGCCUAUGGAACCGCGGGAUGGAGGCGUAAGGCAAAUUUUGACGGACACCUACGAGCUCGCCACCGAGUGCACCAACAAGUCCAAGAACAUCCAACUCGAGUUCAGCCAGACGUCCAAAAGCGCCAAGUGGUUCAACCUUUAUAUUAUACUUUUCUGCAAAUAUCUGGGGAUAGACCUCGUGUUCAUGUGCUUUGUCCAUGUGGGAAGCAGCAUUUUUUCCAUAAAAGGAAAUUUUUUUAAAAAGAAAAAUGUCCACCUGCAGACGGAUCCCUACCUCCUGUUCUUUCUCCUCUUCCUCUGCUACGUCUACAUUGUCUACAUCAAUGUCCCCCUGCUGCAGAUGAUUAAGAGGCGCAAAUUUUUUCGAGUCAACAACUUUAACGUUCUUGACUACCCCAUAUGCUCCGAGGAGCCCAAGCGGCCGAGACGGAAUCUCCUCUUUGAGGAGUUCAAACGUGAGUGA